UGGUCCUCGUGUGUGUUGGUCUCGAUUUUCAGGACAUUUAACGGGACUUCGAGUGAUUUUUUCGUCCGUGCUUUUUGUUGAUAGCUGUGGGAAGGAAGAGAAUGGAUUGUAGUUGGAAAAAAUGUGAGUUACGGCCCGUGAGAAAAUAGGGUUAUUUUCCCGCUCGGGAAAGGCUCAGUUGGAUAUCUGUUCUAGAUCUGUGGUAGAUGACCCUCUUUCGAGAUCAUUGUUGUGAAAAAAUCCUAAGAAGUAGAAGGAUGAGUAGAUUUUUUUUGGUUAAAGAAAAAGUCACUCUCUAAUUGGAAUAGCUCCAAGUACUGGUUGUAAUAAAUCAUUUGCGUAUGAAGUCGAUUUGAUCCACUUAAAGGCAUUGUGCCUUUAUGUCGGGUGGGUAGAAAUGUGUUCAACCACCCUUCCCAAUUAGGGGUCACGGUGAAAAAGACCCAUUCACUAUGGUAGUUCUCUUUAUGUAGACAUUUCAGCAAUCAGUUAGUCACGAGUGACGUUAAGGAUUAAAGUGCUAUCAAAGCUAUUUUUAUACUCCGUCAAAUGGCCGGGUUCGGAAUGGGAAAUGCACUGAUGCCGUCAAUGUGAUCGAUACUAGGCAGCAGAUAUCGCAAUCGCCUCCAGCAAUCGUGUCUUGAAUUUAUGGCCAUACAGCAGAAGAUAUUCAGUCUGUUGUCUAUAACGUGUGUGCCUAACCCUUAAGUAGUGUGCUUCUCAAUGAUAAUGGGGGUGUGUUUAUAGAAUAUUGAUUUGGAUACAUCGUUUCCCGGACCGUAGUGCUGCAAGGAGGGUUGAAGAUAAGUGGUUUUAACAAAUCAUCGGACAAAUAAGGAAACAUCGGAAUAUAGACGACAGGAACAAAGGAUAAUAACUACGGCCAACCAGCACGAAGCGGGCCGCUCUACCAGACUGGAGAACGGUAGUAUGCCAGAGGAUAGUGCGGUCAUGGUUGAAGAUGUUAAAAUGAAAAAGUCCCUCUUGCUCUAUGCCGAGGAUGACUCCAACGGGGAAGCUUCGACGUGCGGCCGUAUUCUCAUCUUUCUCUCUUGGGUCCUGGUGGUGCUGACGAUGCCCUUUAGCUUGCUGGUGUGCUUCAAGGUCGUGCAAGAAUACGAGCGUGCCGUUAUAUUUCGUCUAGGUCGUUUGGUUCAUGGUGGUGCGAAAGGCCCAGGAAUUUUCUUCAUCCUGCCAUGCAUUGACGCGUACGCACGUGUUGACUUGCGUACCCGCACCUAUGACGUCCCACCGCAAGAGGUACUGACGAAGGACAGCGUGACGGUGUCGGUGGAUGCCGUUGUUUACUACCGUGUCUCGAACGCCACGGUCUCGAUUGCCAAUGUGGAAAAUGCUCAUCACUCGACCCGGCUCCUGGCACAGACAACCCUCCGUAAUACGAUGGGUACCCGACACCUGCAUGAAAUUCUCAGCGAACGAAUGACAAUCUCCGGCAGCAUGCAACUGUCGCUAGACGAAGCGACCGAGGCUUGGGGAAUCAAAGUGGAACGUGUGGAAAUCAAGGACGUCCGUCUACCCGUCCAACUGCAACGUGCUAUGGCUGCCGAGGCGGAGGCCGCCCGUGAAGCCCGCGCCAAGGUGAUUGCCGCCGAGGGUGAACAGAAGGCAUCCCGCGCCUUGCGUGAAGCCUCCGAGGUAAUUGGCGACUCACCGGCUGCCCUGCAGCUGCGCUACCUCCAGACACUGAACACCAUCUCGGCGGAGAAGAACUCCACCAUCGUGUUCCCGCUGCCAAUCGACAUCCUGACCUACUUCAUGAAGUCCAAGGAGUGCUAUGAAGCGUCGCAUUCGCACUCGUAAGCUGGCGGGCGGCGGUAGGGUUUGUUCAACAGCAACAUCUGGGAGUGAACAAAACGAAGACACCCACAGUCGAAGAGGUCGGAAGGUUUUUCUUCACAUGUUUGGUAUGUUUUUCGGAUCGACUCGUUCAUUUUACAGUGAGACUUUUUCUAUUGAAAAGGAGUGCUGUUGUAGCUAAGAGACUAACAGUUUUAUAACUAUUUCUGUGUAGUGUUAUGGCAGUAGGUAUCUCGCUCUUUCGUUUGGAGAAACUUUUGAGAUGCAGCAUCAACUUCAACAAACGAAGAAUCAUACACAUGUAGCAACCUCUUACUCUUAUAUCGCGUAGAAACUGUCUGAGAAAAAAAAAUGGAUGUCGAAGGAACUCGGGAGUUUUGAUGAAAUGGACUUUCUAUUACGACAUAAUGGUUUCAUAUUGACAACAUGUUUCUUUAUUCGAUUUUUAUGAUCACUUUUCUAAUCUGUUAUACGUACUUUAUCAAACAUUUUUUAAGCGAUGAAUAUCCAUCACACACUUGCUUCGGUUGAUGGUUUUUGACAGUGCACACAGAGAUAUCUGCUUCGCUACUAUUUUUUCUAUUUGUUUAAUGUAAUUGAGAUCAUCGAUUUGAUGGUCGAACAUUCGUAGAGUUCAUAUCAUCUGUGGAGUAGUACUGAAAAUUAUAUUUUUUCAGUUUUUAGAGGAAUAUCUUCACUUGCAAAAAAUAGUAAAUAUUAUUCCAUUUAGUUGAGCGAUGUGAUUGUAACAUUACACCCAAGGAAAGUUAGUUAAAUCUGCUUAAAAAUUUGAUUGCAAAAGAUUUCAAUACUAUCGUUGUAUUAAAAUCUCAGAAUUAUUAUUAUCUAUAUUGUCGAAAUUUUCAGCAUCAUUUUCAGCUGGUUCAUCUUGUAAUUUUGUUUAUUAGUUUAAUACAGUAUCUGCAUGAAAAAUUAACUUUUCAGAACUGUGUACACUAAAAUUUUAUUAUUUUUACAGAUUUGUAAGAUGUGUUUUAUGGGUGUUCAGAUACGUUCUUCAUAAUAUAUUGCUAUGAAUGAGAUACAUCUAUACAAUUUGAUGAUUUGAAAUUAGAUUUUUAAAAUUUUGCAAGAAAUAUAUUCAUUUUGUGUGUAUUUUUGCAAGAAAGAUAUUCAACAUAAAUCGUUAAAAUUUUCAAGUAAUGUAGCAGCUUGGUGCAACCUACAAUAGUUCAUAAUUAAAACCAAAUAGCCGUGUAGAACUUCGAGGAUAAUUUUCCAAAUCUAGAAUCGUUCCUUGGCUGUUCGGCCACAUUCCGCUUCCACUAAUUGUCGGCAGUGACGCUAAUGCUCAUCACAUCAUCUGGUGAAGCUGAAUUAUCAAUCUUAGAGGCUCCAGCUUGAUGGAGAUGGAAUACUUAAGUAGCAUAAAUCUUAAUUUACUGAACAUAGGCAAUCAUCCAACCUUUAUCUGCUAAAGGUGGUA